AUGGUAGCCCUUGAAGAGGUCGAGGGCAGCCUCCUCCUCCAGAAGCCAUCUGACGCUGCCCACGAAAUCCCCUCUCGAAGCGCUUCCGCUUACAAGCCACUGAAUUCCUUCGCCCUUGACAAGCAACGCUCCUAUAAGCAACAGUAUGGCGACAUGUACUUCCUGCGUCUUACCAAGAUCAAGCCGGCUGUCGAUCAGAUAGCAGCUACAGCCUGGGACGGAACAACCGUCGGCGAUGAGGAGGCUCAGCGAGUUGACCGUGUCCUUGAUGUUCGCCAAGGAGAGCUGUGCUACGUGACCGGCACCGUAUAUAUGGAAAUGCCCCUGAAGCCGAAUAUUCUAGAGGACGUUUCCAAGGACCGCUGGAUCUCUGCUCCCAUUUCGAUGCCCAAAUACUUCUCCGACGACGACCAAAUUAUGUUGGAGGACGAAUCAGGCCGUAUCAGGCUGGUUGGUGACCUUCUCGAAAAAGUACACCUUGUAACGGGAUGCAUUGUUGGAGUUUUGGGUACCGAAAACUCCAAUGGAGAGUUUGAAAUCAUUGACAUCAAAUUCCCGGACCUGCCUCCUCAACCCGAACGCUGGAGUCUCUCGAAACCUAUGUCGGACAAGAGCAAGACGAAGGACGAAGACGAAGAGAUGGCUGGCGCUUCUGACAAGAAAAAGGGAAACAAGAAGAUCGCCAUUGUGUCUGGCUUAUCCUUUUCGGGAACUGAUGCUUCUUAUGCUCUUGAGCUUGAUCUUCUUCUCGAGUAUCUGCUCGGUGAGGCCUUAGGCCCUUCCAGCCAGAUCGAUGUCUCUCACAUCAGCCGUCUUAUCAUCGCUGGAAACUCCAUCUUGACAACAGAUCGAAAACCUGCAGCUGCAGACGAGGCACUCCCAGAAAAGAAGGGCCAGAAGAAAUAUGGUUACGACGCCAGUGCCUAUAACCCCCUCCCUUCUCAGCUCUUUGAUGCUUUUGUCGCUGAGCUCCUCCCGUCCAUUCCCGUUACAAUGCUUCCUGGUGCACAGGAUCCUGCGAAUGCUAGUUACCCACAACAGCCUGUGCAUCCUGCAAUGUUUCCCGUAGCUCGAGCUUACACCCGCGAUCCAACUGCCCCUGUUGACCAGCCAGGCUGGCUCGAUACUGUCACAAACCCUUGGGAAGCCGAGGUUGAAGGGUGGCGUGUUCUGGGCACCGGUGGUCAGAAUGUUGACGACGUUUUCAAGUACGUCAACAGUGAUGACCGUCUCGGUAUGAUGGAAGCCAUGUGCCGAUGGCGAUGCUGUGCCCCGACUGCACCUGAUACACUAUGGAGCUAUCCAUUUCAAGAUGACGAUCCAUUUGUUAUGCAAACAUGUCCUCAUCUCUAUUUCGUCGGCAACCAACCAAAAUUCUCAACAAAGGUUAUUAAAGGCCCCGAGGGACAAUCGGUGAGACUCGUCACCGUCCCGUCCUUCUCGGCAACAAAAGAGUUAGUAUUGAUCGACACAGAAACACUUGAGGUAGAGAGGAUCAAGAUAUCUACAUAA